AUAAAAGAUUUUGAUAAGCUGACAGCAUAAAGGUUUAUUAGUACUUUGAUGGGUGGAAAAUUUACAUAUUUAAUUUCCAAAUCGUAAUCUGGCUACAAUAUGAGAGUUCAGUCUGGCUGAAAUAGUGCAUAAUAAAGUAAUGAUGGAAAUAAAUAAGACCGCUGCCGCACUUUCAUAACAAAUUGUAUGUUAUAUAUUGGAUAUUAUUAAUACAGCUUUAAGAAAGGCUUUCGUUAAACGAAUAAGUCGUUGCUCGUCGAGGUCCGUUUUACCGUCUAAUUCCGAGUUCAGGGGAUCAGUUUUAUUUGCUGGUUUAUGCGUGUCUCAUUGGCGUUAAUGAAAUAAGGCAGAAUAUACGAGCCGUCUCUCAGUCAGCCUCAUCAACUCGUGAGCGAACUUGUGACGUCAUAUUUGAGAUCCUUGUGCUAUCACCGGCCAGGAAUUACUGACUUCGGUGCGGAAUCCUCUCGUUGAGUUUUAUCGCGGCGCGUGCAAUGUAUUGCGGUGUCAAUUGGCUGGAUGGGUGUGCGGUGUUUGUCCGAGCGCGUAAUGUAAAAGUGGCUACGUGGUGGUCGGCGGGGAGGCGACAGCGACUGGCGCGGUGUGCGCAUGCGCGCGGCAGGAGCGGCCGGGAGCCUCGCGAGAUCGCUCAGUGGCGCGGCGGGAUGGCCGGUCGAUUCCUGGGCGCGCAAAUACUCCGUCUUCUACUAAACCGAAUGAACCGUAAAUUAUAUGUAAAUUUGCUCAAAUGUGGACAACUUUCGUGUCAUAAUGGGAAUGUUCAACGGUCGUAGUGACUUGCGGUAAAGUUAACUGUUCGGGACAAAACUUGUCUGCAUAUCACCGGAAUAUUUAUGACAGAAACAUGGGACAUAUCUGAACACCUGUCAUGUGAUAAGAAAGCUCUCAUUGGGAAUAGAUUUUCAUAAUCCCCUAAAAUUAGAGGAUUAUAAAAUUAAUUCUAUUGUUACUGUGUGAGUUUGUUAUGGAAACUUGUAUUUCUCGAGUGAAAUAAAGAAGCCUUUUAGCUGUGUUGUUGGAAGAAAUUGGAAAAUCACAUAAUGAAAAUAUCACCAGAGUCGCCUGUGAUAUCUGGUAGCGUGUGGUCGGAUAGGUGAGCGAUGCGCGAGCGGUGCGGGGCGUUGGUGGUCGCGCUGGCGCUGGCGUGCGCGUGCGCAGCGCCGGCCGAGCGCCCGGCCGCUGCCCCCGCCGCCCCCGCCGACCCCGCGCCCUACUGCGACCCACUCGUGCUCAGGAGCCAACCUCCGCUGCCCGCAAACCUCCGCGAGCAUGAAGCAACAGCGGUGCACACAGCACGCGCGCUGGCCGAGCUUGUUGAGCAGGGCGCGGCGGACGAGACCCGAGCGGCUGUGUUGGCCCGCGCCGCCGCCCGCACGCCCCUCUCCCCGCCUCCUGCCGCCGUCGCUCUCGGCGCCCCGCAACUGCACCUCGGCGUCCUCUACGUCGCCGAACCUCCACGCUUAAUCGUCUUCCAACAAAAUAGUACCAAAUCCUUAAGACAAUUCUGGAGGACGUUAGCCUCAGCUUGGAACGCCAGUUCAGUGGUGUGGUCGACCGCGUGGUUUUCCUGCGAGUUGGAACAAUGGGGCUGGUGGGGAGGGGCGGCGGCGGCGCGCGGAGCUGGUGCGGCGAGAGCGGCCGCCGCUAUUUUCCGGCGGUGGCCCGCACUCCCUUGCGAGGAGAGCAUGAACGAGUGGCUUGGCGGACCGCCGCUGUGUGACGCUGCCACCACUGAUUGUGAAGCGACACCAUCUCUUGAACCGGAAGAAAGAAGAUUGGAGUACCGGUGUAAAUGCCGCGCGGACCACUGGCACGCGGAGGGGUCGGGCUGGCUGAGCGGCGACGUGCUGGCAGACAACACUGGCCUCGCCUGCACGCCGUGCGGCACGGGCAGCGACGUCGCUGCCUGCCUCAAUGACGUCUUUCGCGCCGCACUCUUGGCCGCUAACCUAGCAGGCAUGCUCAUCUGCGUCGUUAUCGCGCUCAUCAUCUUCAAAAAAAGGAAAUGCAAAGCAGUGGCAAUGGGCAUGUGGACUGUGUUGGAGGUCGUGCUACUCGGCGCCUUGUUAAUGUAUGGUUCGGCAGCAUCGCAAUAUAUAUCAAUGGCUCAAUGGCGAUGCAUCGCCGGUGCGUGGUUGCGCGAGCUUGGUUUUGUGGCGUGCUAUGGCUCCGUCGUGCUUCGACUGUGGGUGCUGUUGGCUGAAUUCCGGACUAGAAAGGCACAUCGGUGGACGCCCAGGGACUCAGAGGUGCUACGGGUAGUAGGUGCGAUGGUGUCAGGCGCUGCGUGCUACCUGGCCGCGUUCACAGCGACCGCUGCGUGCGACGACGACGAUGGUGAUGGCUGCGCGCGCGCCGCCUGGCAUCACGUAACCGCCGCAGCCGAGCUGCUGCUAUUGGCCGCUGGAGCCAGGAUAGCGUACGCCGCUAGACAUGCUAAUGUUCCGUUCCAGGAGCUGAGUUGGCUGGCGACGGCGCUGUGCUGUGAGUGUGUGAGCGGCGUGGCGUGGCGCGCGGCGGCGCUGAUGGGCGCGGCGCCGGAGCGCUCGCCGCUGGCCGCCACGGCGCGCGCGCAGAUCUCCGCCGGCGCCGCGCUCGCCUGCGUGCUCGCGCCCCGCCUCUGGCACGGCUACCGGGCUAGGUCGCUCGCUCAGGAAGUGUCUCGACGAGGCCCAGCGGAGGGCUUCGGCGCUGAGGGUGAAGAGGAGCCGACCUCAGAGGAGGUGAGAGCGGAGCUGAAGAGGCUGUACGUCCAGCUGGAGAUACUGAGAAACAAGACUCUGCGCCGCGAUAACCCUCACAUCAGCAAGCGUCGUGGUGGCAGGAAGCCUCCGCACAGGCGGUUCUCCUUGCAGAAAAAGGGCAGCCGUGAGAAGGCACUACAAGCGCGCCGAGGGGGGAAGGGCAAGAGCGGCGGCAGCGCCAGCGUUGUGGAGCCCAGCGAGGCUGGGGACGUGUCCCGCACGCCCGAGGACUCCAUCUGCUCCAACGAGGGACCGUCCCACUACACAGACGGGGACACGCAGGCGUGAUCCAGCCCGAAUGAGGGACAAUACCACGACGUGCAUUUGUAGUGGCGAUGGUUUAAUCUUUCUUAGAGUGUGUUAUUUCCGACUCUGGUCAGGUCUCGUGACAGUCUGAUGGUUGGCGCUAAGGCCGCGGACCAAUUGCUCCGUCGUCUUCCGUUGCGACGACGUACGUAGCGCGUUGCUAUUCCGUUUUUUUAUAGGUUUAUACAUUGACGUGCGAAUCGUACAUUGAUAUUCCCACAAUUAUUGGGUUUUUCUGCGUUGAUACGUCAAUGGUCGUUAACGCAAUGGAGGACGACGAAGCAAAAUUGAGAAAUGGGCCCUGGCUCUUAUUGGGUGAACUCACAGAGAUAUACAUUCUGAUAUCUAUGGGAUACAAACCUUAAAAACAAACCAGCAUAUACUUAAGCGGCAAUGUGAUUUCUGUCUGUUUCAACGCUGUUUUACGUAUUGAUUUUGAAUUUACUGAAUAAAAUUUUCAAAAUAAACUUUUUCUUCAAUUAUGUGUGUUAUAUAAGUUAGGUUGUUAUUCUUCAGGUCACUCACAUGUUGUGAGACAUAACUUCGUUGUUAUUAAAAUUGUAUGGCAUUGUACAAAUUUUCUUAGUGCUUUACCGUUAUUUUUUAAAAGUAAUAGAUAGAUAAGUGAUAUACAUAGAAAAACACCUAAUUAGCUACAAUAUACAUUAAUCAUAUCGGUUGUUUAUCCUGUACCUGAACAUUACAUGUUCAAAUUUAAUAUUUUAUUAACAUCCGCGAUGUUAGCUUAAAUUGUAAAAUGCAGAAUAUGCCCCAUAGUCAUAAUUACGCACAAAAUAAUUGUUAAAAUAUUGAUAUCAACCAACUAGGCAUAGUUUAUACAAAUUGUAGACAAACUGAUCAAAAAGAGGUACUCUAGGUUGUAUUUAUUCUCAAUAUAGGUACCUAUAUAACAGUGGCAAGCAAUUUUAACACCCGUUUUAUAAUGGGUAGCGCUAUAGCGCGCCUAUUAGCUCUGCCUAUACCACAAUCCCAUACACAUCUCAUACUAUUUUGUAAUACAUACAAGAACUUUGAACGAAUCCCAACACUUCGUCUAAAUUUCAAAAUAAAUAUGAAGCUAUUUCGUAUAUUGCUUUUGAAAUUUAGGUCAUUGGAUUUGAUAAAAGGAUAGGAUUGGAUAAGAUACAUUGUAAUAUUAAGUUGCUGUUUCAUCCGCCUCCAGAAAUAUUACCCGUUAUAUUAUAUACGUGCCCGAAUAAUUUUAACCAAUACGAUAUAGAUUGAACGGUUUGUACUUUUUACAACAUUACUGUAGACUUUAUUGUUAUAUAGAUUAUAUAAUUUGUGUUUUGAAAUUUGUCGCUAGUCAUCAAUAUAAGUGUAACAUACGGUUGUUUGUAUGGAGUGGGAGUAAGUACAAUAAUUUAUUACGUGUUUUAGAAUAGCGGUGAUAUUUUAUACCUGUAGGUUUUUAGCAAAUGAAUUUAUCAAGUCUGUGAGUGUAGGUAUCCGAAAAUAUGUUGUUGCUGUUUAAAUGCUUACUCAGUAAUCUUAAAAUAGUACAGAACUUGUAAAUAUGCGCAGAGUUACCAUACUGCCUCUCGUUACGCUCAGCAAGCGAAAAAGUAUAUGGUGAUUCCAUUUGUCUAAUUUUGACCUUGACAAUCUUCUCAGUCAAGGUUAGUUGAUAGUGAAACUAUCCAUUUUUCAACCAUUUAGUUACAUAACAACAAUUUGAUAAAUGGAAUACCACAUGAGAUUUGCAUAUGAAUUAUUUUGCAACUACCUUUUUCGAAAUCUAACAGAGUUAUUGAUUUUUACAUUUUGAUUUUUUUAUCGUUAUUUGUUAUUUUUUAAGCUUUAGAUAGAAUAAUUGAAUAUCCGGCCAGCAACAAUAACAAAACUUUAUUUAUUUAUUUUUGUUAAUGUUAGGUAAAUGUGUUAGUCACAUAAUUUGUGCUAUAUACGAUUUAUUUUAUUUUAAGAAUCAUACAAAUAUACUAUAUGCAAGUUAGUUAAUAAAUUUAAAAUUGUAAUUGUAUAAAAAUGACUGAUACAUUUAGUCUUUUUAAUAUUCGACAUCUAAUAUGCAUUUAUUGAAAGUUAGUUUUACCUUUAAAUAUUAAUGAUUAAAUGACGAUCACGUACAUACCAGAUCUUAACUUUUCGAUGACGUUAAUGUAUUAUCUAGCUUCAUAAGAAUCAUAAAUAACUGAAUUUGAAAGCUUUGUAGCAAUGACAUUUAUAACUGCGACAAUUUUCGUAAAUCAAUACCGUAAAAAUACUUUAUUAAUUUCUUAUACUAAAAAAAGAAAAUAAUUAUCAAUAAUAUCAUCUAUCCUUAUGUUACAUAAACUCUAGUUUUAUUUUUUAUAUCGUCAGUUUUCUUCCUUUGUAGUACCUAAAUAAAUAUUAUUCAAUAUCGAAAGCAUCAAAAUAGAUCAACCUUUUUUUAUUUCUGAAAAUAUUUUUUUUAUUACGGAUUGAUGUUUUUUUAUUGAUUAUAUUAGUUUUAUUGUUGAUUAUUACAAAUUAUCAUUUUAUUUAACAUGGGUAUUAAAAUUCUUGUAAAUAUUGUCGCCGAAGGUUUUGUAAUCUAAGGAUUGUUUCGGCAAUAUGUUGAGCUUUGUGGAUGUUCGCGUGGCGGCACUGUGAUGCCAGGAAUAUUAUUGUAAUAAUAUAUAUUUAUUAAAUAAAUGAA